GUCAGAUGUUUGUGCUCGGCAUCAUCGCCAUGUGUCAAGGUCUCACCAAGAGCUUUGGCGGUCUCCUGGCCUGUCGUUUCCUCAUGGGCAUCUUCGAGGUGUCUCUGCCGGCCGGCGCCACGUACAUGAUGUCGACCUACUACACUAAGCGCGAGGCUGCCCUUCGGUUCGCGUGGUUCUUCAACUUCGCACUGGCAGGUCCCUUCUUCUCUGGACUGCUCGCCUACGCAAUUGCCGGCCUUGAAGGAGCUGGUGGCCUCUACGGAUGGCGCUGGAUCUUCAUCAUUGAGGGUAUCAUGACUAGCGUCUUGGCUAUUGCAAUCUUCUUUGUCCUGCCCAACUUCCCCGAGGAUGCGCAGGAGUGGUUCCUCAAGCCACACGAGCGUGAGCGGCUCGUCUUCCAGCUCGAGCAGUCUCGUGGCGCCGAGGUCAGAGGCUCCGCCAUUGACAAUGUUCCUCUGUGGAAGGUUCUGAUCGACUGGAGAAUCCACCUCUUCACCAUGUGCUUCUUCUGCUGCGACAUUACUGCUGCCUCAAUCUCUGCCUUCUCGCCGACUAUUCUCACCGAGCUUGGCUGGACCUCGACUGUCGCCCAGCUCAUGACCAUGCCCGUCUGGGCCUCGGGUAUCGUCUCCGCGUUCUUGUUCACCUGGCUCUCGUCGUUCCUCAACAAGCGGACGCCAUUCGUCCUCUUCUGCAUCUGCCUGCAGCUCGGCGGCUGGAUCAUCAUGAGAGUCUACGUGCGGUCGGUGGGAGUGCGCUACUUUGCGCUCUUCCUCAUGUCCAUGGGCACCUUCCCGCAGAUGCCCACCUUGAUGGGCUGGCUGUCCGCCAACCUACGCGGCCACAAGUACCUCGGCGUGGGCAUGGGCUGGAUGAUUGGCUUUGGCAACUGCGCCAACUUCAUCUCCUCCAACAUCUUCAUCACCACCGAGCGUCCUUACUACCCGACCGGUUUCUCCGUCGGCCUGGGCUUCACCGUCCUUGGCUUCGUCCUCGUCUGCUUCGCCUGUUUCCUGUGCAUCUACAAGAACAAGCAGCUAGACAAGCGUCGCGCCAGCAUGACGGAUGCCGAGCGCGAGCGCGAUGACGAGAUCCACUUCAAGUUUCUGUACUAAAGUGAUGAUUGUUUGUCUUGCUGCUGUUCUCAUUGUGCUCCUGGCUGGAGACCCGGUAUCAAGAAGCCCCUCACAUGUCCUGUAUUCGUGUCUGUUCGAAGGGAUCAUUCUUUCUUCAGCUGUCGAGCACGCUCGAACAAUACAUGUCGGCCGGCACGCGGUCAAUAGAGGGAGAUGCAAUGUUGAGGCAGUUGGACAUGCUUCUAGGACGACUUCCCCGUGGAAUAGUAAAUAUGAUUCCCAUAAUGAACGAAUGAUCCCCAUAAUAGACAAUUUAUCAAGCAAGCUU